AUGGCGUCGACUAGCACCUGGAUAGCCCCAAACUACGAAACUCACAUGGAAAAAUUGGCGCCUCCAAGGAGAGUCAGGGCUCCAACUCUGCCACCGCUGACUCGGAUCGGGCUAUCACCGAACUAUGGCUCGAAUGCGACUAAGCUCAAUUGUGACUCUGGCGAGCUGGACUGGGCUCCAGAAAGCCCCGAACAACCUAACUUGAAGGAUCCAAUCAGUGGCAAUCGCUGA